AAAGAAAACAGUUUUUUUACCUCUUGUUUUCUUGACCUUUGGCCCCUCUCCACUAGCCAGCCAUUUUCAUGUCAUUCGUCCACUUCACAUAGUAUAAGUCCAUUUUUAAGGCUCCAGUCCUGUACCAAUCAAUGACAACGCAGCGGGAGGAUUAGUCUUCCAAGUAGACCAUUUAAAUUGGCAAAGAAUAAAAAAAGGUUGAGUUGAAUCAAAGAACAAUAACAGUAUGAAUGCAAGUACAAUGAUUUAUCAAGAGCACCCCUUUUCAGCUGUACGGAACACCUACUUAGACUCCUAGAGAAGGGUAGAGACGUCAGUAGAAGACCCAUCUAUGCUAGUUCUAACUUUUUGCACUAUAUAUUGCAGUACUGGCAUGCCAUUAAGGAGAAACAUUCUUCUUGUUCUUCAUUCAAAUCUCCCAUUAUUUAAGUUUGGUUUGGUUUUUGGAAAAAAAUUUCCAACUCAAAAAAUACUCAUGACCUCUACUUUCAAACAUUACUCUCCACUCAUUAUCCAUAUCUCCGAUCAUUAUUUUCAUUUCUCUCUCUAUCUCUCUCCACUCAUUACCCCUACUUCCAAACAUUACUCUAUUUCUCUCUCCACUCAUAACCACAAAAAAUUUCUCAAAAACUCAUCCAAACACAGCAUUUAGAAUGCUUAAGUUGAUGAGGUUGAUAUUGUCAUCUCUGUUAAUUCACAAGAUCAAGCUACUCAGCUUGGUGUUCCUUCUCACCACUACUACAAAAGUAGCCUCCAGUUUUAGCAACAAAACGGAUCACCUAGCAUUGCUUUCCUUCAAGGAACUUAUAGCCGAGGAUCUGCUUGGAUCGUUAAGUUCGUGGAACAAUUCUCUCGAUCUCUGCGAAUGGAACGGAGUAACGUGCAGUCGCAAGCAUCAUAGAGUAGUGGUUCUGGACUUGAGAGGAAAAAGCCUGAGGGGGACCAUAUCACCUUUCCUGGGAAACCUCUCUUUCCUGAGAUCCAUUUACCUCCAGGAGAAUAGAUUCCAUGGAAAAAUCCCCCUGGAGCUCGGCCAUUUGUUCCGGCUGCAACAUCUGAAUUUCAGUAGCAAUUCUCUCGAAGGGGAAAUUCCAACCAAUUUGUCAAACUACCUCACUGUCAUUGAUUUCCAGUCUAACAACCUAGUUGGAAAAAUUCCAGCAUCAUUUGGUUCUCUCUCCAAGCUCACGAUUCUUGAGCUUGGCACAAACAAUCUCAUCGGAGAGAUUCCACCAUCUUUGGGUAACCUCUCUAUCCUCCAAACACUCUAUCUGGGAUGGAACAAUCUCAGAGGAACUGUUCCGAAUUCCAUUGGUCGACUUUCCAACCUUCAAAUUUUUCGGGUUGGCGUGAACAAAUUGACAGGUAUUGUCCCUCCUCCACUUUACAAUAUCUCCAGUCUCAGAACUCUAAUCAUUGCGUAUAAUCAACUUACCGGUAGUUUGCCCCAAGAUAUUGGCCUCACACUCCCCAACCUGCGUAGAAUAUCCAUCGGGGCAAACAAAAUGCGGGGACUCUUUCCAGUUUCUUUUUCUAACGCAUCCAGAUUGACAGCUCUUGAUCUAUCAAUAAGCUACCUUUCCGGACCAGUUCCCCAUGACCUAGGGAGAAAGAUGAAAGAUCUUGAUUGGCUAAAUUUUGGUGAUAAUAAUUUAGGCAGUGGGGAUGCUAGUGACUUAAGGUUCAUCGAUUCGUUAACUAACUGCACCAAGCUGCGUCAUUUGGAUUUCUAUGAAAAUGGUUUUCGUGGCAUUUUACCCACUUCCAUAGCCAAUUUCUCAGGCCAACUAAAUAUGCUAGAUGCUGGAGAAAACCAGCUGGUUGGAACCAUCCCUAGCGGAAUUUCAAACCUUGUAGGGUUAUUUGACCUUAAUUUAGACCAAAACCUCUUUUCAGGUGUCAUUCCCUUCGAAAUUGGGAAGCUUGGAAACAUGCAACAACUAGAUUUCAGUAGAAAUAAACUGUCUGGUCCCAUUCCAUCAAGCAUUGGGAAUCUCACAAAAAUAUUUCAGUUGAAACUACAAGAAAACAGCUUAAAUGGAACCAUACCUUCAACUAUUGAAAACAUCCUAGACUUGCAAAUCUUGAAUCUUUCAUAUAAUCUCUUAGUAGGUCCGAUACCCAAAACCGUAAGCCUUCUCUCCACUUUAUCUUCCAUCUACUUGGCUCAUAACUUUUUUACCGGUCCGCUGCCACUCGAGAUUGGCAACUUGAACAAUCUACAGGAACUAGAUGCAUCAAGCAACAAGUUGUCUGGACAUAUCCCUAGCACUUUGGGAAAUUGCUUGAGAUUGGAAAGCCUUCUUCUGGAGUUUAACAUGUUCCAGGGUAAUAUUCCUCCCUCUUUUAGCUCCUUGAAAGGAAUUGAAACGCUGGAUCUUUCGCACAACAACUUGUCCGGCCAAAUUCCAAAAGAUCUAGCAGCCCUCAUGUUUUUGAAGAAUCUGAACUUGUCCUUUAACAACCUGGUUGGUGAGGUGCCCUCACAUGGUGUCUUCAAAAACUUGAGUAUAAUUUCACUUGUUGGAAACACAGGCCUUUGUGGAGGCAUUGCAGAAUUGCAGCUGCCUGCUUGCCUGAGUCAAGAGUUCACAAAGAAGGGAAAUCGCCUUCGCAUUGAAAUUAUUAUCCCAACUGCUUGCUUGAUCCUGUGCAUUUCAUUGGUAGCACUUUGGGUUGUGUUUCUUCGGAAACGAAAGCAGAGAAACAAAUCUCUUAUUCAAUCAUCCAUUGGAGAUGAUUUUAUGAGGGUUUCAUACAAUCAGCUCAGUAAUGCUACAAAUGGGUUCUCUUCAACAAACCUAAUUGGAGCUGGAAGUUUUGGCACUGUGUACAAAGGACUUCUCCAUGAAGGCGAAAAACCUAUUGCAGUCAAGGUGCUCAAUCUUGACAAGGGAGGAGCUUCCAGGAGCUUCAUUGCUGAAUGUGAAGCCCUGAAAAAAACAAGGCACAGAAAUCUUCUAAAGAUUAUAACCGCGUGUUCAAGCGUCAAUCCUGCAGGUCAAGAUUUUAAAGCAAUAGUUUUUGAAUACAUGCCCAAUGGAAGUUUGGAGAAUUGGUUGCAUCCAGGAGAAGAUGCACUGUGGCAAUCAAUGAACUUUGACCUUCAACAAAGGUUAGACAUAGCGAUUGAUGUUAUGUGUGCGUUGGACUACCUUCACCACAGUUGUGAAACGCCAAUUGUUCAUUGUGAUGUGAAGCCCAACAAUGUCCUCAUUGCUGAAGACAUGACUGCCCACUUGGGAGAUUUUGGGCUGGCUAGGUUCCUUACCAUAGAGAGCAGUUAUAUUGGUGAAGAGACCAAUUCAGUUGCAAUCAAGGGUUCCAUAGGGUAUGUUGCUCCAGAAUAUGGAGUUGGAGGGAAGAUAUCUACACAAGGAGAUGUUUACAGCUAUGGGAUCCUUUUAUUGGAAAUGCUGACAGGAAGGAGACCAACAGAUGAAAUGUUUAAUGAUGGACUAAGCCUUCGCGAAUACUGUAAGUCAGCACUGCCUGAGCGAGUGAUGGGGAUUGCAGAUUCGCGCAUGCUAUUUGAAGAACCUAGGGAAGCAAAAAACGAAGUUGUUCAAAAUGAGAAAAUCAGACAAGCCAAAGUAAGAGAGUGCUUAAUUUCGUUAAUGAGGAUUGGGGUUGCAUGCUCUGCAGAAUCACCUGGUGAAAGAAUGAAUGUCAGGGAUGCCGUCAAAGGAUUAACAACAAUAAAGGAAGUAUUUCUUGGAGUAGGUAUCCAUGGCAAGAGGUAAUUGAGGAUGUGACUUUCUUGUAAAGGAACAUCUCGGGCUCGCUACUAAGACGUACACUGCAGGAAUUAAGGCUGUAGAAGCUGUUUGAAAGCUUUGAAGUGCAUUCAUAUAGAAAGCCCAAGUCCCUUUAUUUCAGGUCACUUUCUUAAUCGUAUAAAUUGCACAAAAAAAAAAGAAAAAAAAAGAAGUGGAACUGCUCUCUUGUAUAUAGUUUCGACUUUUGACUUUUCAUGUUAAUCAUAAUUUU